AUGCAGUUGUCUGCCGCGCCGGACCGCGCUGAGGCUGUCGCCGCUGCUUCUGUUUGCGGGGACGCGCGCUUUCAGCUGAAACCAGGCAGGCCGGGGGUGGUGCUUAAACUCUGCGGGAGCGAUCCGCGCCGUGCCCGCCUGGCUGGCGGCGGCGGCGGUGGUGGCGGCGGUGGCGGCAAGAGACCGCGCGAUUGCCGUCAGCCCGGCGGUGCGGGGGAUGACACGUCAAGGGGUGCGGCUGCAUCUGUUCUUCGCGGCCUCCGUGGCGCCGCUGCGGGACCGGUGCAGGGUGUGGAGCUGCGGCACGCAGAACUCACCGCGAUUCACGUGGCACCGGAGUUCAAGGACGCAGGUGGGCAGUUGGGCGAGGCAAAUGAGGGCGCCAUCACCCUUUCAAACGUCGUUUCUUUGAAAAUUUUCGCCGGCCUGCACACGCUGGACCUGGAGUGCAAUCGCCUCGGCGACGACGGCAUUACACGACUUUGCUUGUGGUGCCUGCCGCAACUGCGUUUUCUGAGGUGCUUAUUUCUGGCCAGCAACGAGUUUGGUGUGCCAGGCCUGAGGGCUAUUGUCAACUACGUGGAAGGGAAGCUAGCUGCAGUGCAUGCAGCCACGCCGUCCACGCCUUCCAAUGCUAGUCCUGCAGGAAGGCCGCAGCCAAUUGAGGCUGUUGGCCUCACAAACAAUCUGUUGUACUCCAACAAGCCCGAGGACGAGGGCGCCACGGUCUUACUGGCCCGUCUACUUCAGGCCUGUGGAAAGUCGCUGCGACGGCUGCAUUUGAAUCAUGUUGGAAUGCCGACGUCAGCCGCGGCGACGAUGAUGCAGCUGUGCUUUGCAGGUGAUACGGAGCGGGCAGAGGGCUUUCCCUACCCGCAGCUGGUGAUAUACCUUAAGCAGAAUGACAUUUGCAAGGAACUACUUCAUUCGAUGCUGCGAACCCUGGGCGUGAGUGCAGCUGCGGGCAGGUUUGUCGUGUAA